UCUCGCUGACCUGCUGUCAUUUUCAGUCUCCUCUGCCACUCUCUGAUUCUCCCUCACUUCCCCUUCUUCUUUCUGAGCUCUUCGCGCGGAGGAGGAAGAGACGAGAACUAGGCGAGGAACGGAAGGGCUGAGAAGGAAGCUGACGAAAACCCUAGCCCGUGCUCGCGAAAUGCUCGGUGUUGGUCGUUUGGCAUCUCACUGAUGAAGUGAAGGUCGUAGGCACAUACUGUCGGAUUUCGUUGUGAAAUUGCUUAUUUGUAGUGUUCAGCUCUUUCAAGACAAUUUUUGUAUCUGAGCUAGGGCAAUCUAGUUCAUGAGUUUUGUAUAGGAGCACUUACUGGAUUGCUCAUUAGUAAGCGUAAAUCUUAUAAUUUUUGAUUCAUUUGUUGCUGCGAGGAAUGGAUUGGAGAGCAAAGUUGGAGAAUCUAUAGCACCCUUUUAUACUCAAUCUUGGUGAUGCUAGAGACUAAGCGAAAAUGGAGAAGGUUCCUGAAUACAAAAGUUCUAUAGUGCAGGUCCCGGCUGCUGAUCUCCCUCUGGUUCUGCAUGCAACUGCUUCGAGAGGGGAAGAAGGCACGAAUGCUGCUCAGAAGUAUAAAAAUUUAGAUAUGACUGCAGUUGUGAAGGCCUGCAAAGGGAAGAGCUUUUUCCUGGAAACAAAGGAGUCAUUUCCUGAUAUAGUUAGCUUGAAGCGCAAUGACUCGUACGAUGAAGUGGGGAAUACUUCUUUCUCUGGAGCAAGCCAUCCGCCAGAACCCGUAGAUGUGGAUCUUAUGAGGACGGUCUAUGUUUCUAUUGAUGGAAACAGGCCCGAUGCCGGGUGCUUGAUUAAAGGUCUAUCUGUUAAUGGUCCUUUUAUAGAGGAUAUUUCAGUUCGGAAUCCAGGAAUGAAACCUAAUGCUUCUCCUCUUUCUUCUAUAGAGAGCUUGGUUGAGGAAGCUAGACCGUCAGGUACUCUUUCAUCCCCAUUGUUUUUUGAUAAAGCAUCACAAAGUAUGGAUAAUACAUACUUGAUGCAGGAUUCAACAGAAAAGGAGUGUGUAUGGGAUGCUUCCCUGCCACCUAGUAGCAAUGUCAGUCCACUCAGUAGCAUUGGCAGCACUAUUGUAACUACAAAGAGUGCCAUUAAUAGCUGCACUAGUACUUACAGGAGUGAUGGGGUUACUAGUGAUGGUAUACUUAGCGAGGAAAUGAAUUGUGAGAGUACAAAAGCGUGUGCUAUGGGUGAUUUAGUUGAGAGUGCAAAAACAAGCAUGAGCAGAGCAAGCGAUAGCAGUGGGCUCAGUGAUGAUAGCAAUUGGAGUAAUAUUACUGGGAGUGCUAAUAAGCCUCACAAGGGAAAUGAUCCAAGAUGGAAGGCCAUUAUCGCGGCUCGGUCGCGAGAUGGUUUAUUGGGUAUGAGCCAUUUUAAAUUGCUCAAACGGCUGGGAUGUGGUGAUAUUGGCAGUGUUUACCUCUCAGGGUUGAGUGGGACUAGAUGCUACUUUGCAAUGAAAGUGAUGGACAAGGCCUCCCUUGCAAGCAGAAAGAAACUGACAAGGGCUCUGACAGAAAGGGAUAUUCUUCAGCUUCUGGAUCACCCUUUUCUUCCAACUCUGUAUACUCAUUUUGAAACUGACAGGUUUUCGUGCUUAGUCAUGGAAUUCUGUCCAGGUGGUGAUUUGCACACGCUUAGGCAACGACAGUCAGGGAAGCACUUUUCUGAAUAUGCUGCCAGAUUUUAUGCAGCAGAAGUACUAUUAGCUCUCGAGUACCUCCACAUGCUCGGAGUAGUUUACAGAGAUUUAAAGCCCGAAAAUGUUCUUGUUCGUGAUGAUGGCCACAUAAUGCUCUCAGACUUUGAUCUUUCCUUAAGAUGCGCCGUCUCACCAACUCUCAUAAAGACUUCAUCACUUGACUCAGAUCCUUCAAAACGUCCAUCUUUAACAUUCUGCGUUCAACCUGCCUGCAUGGAGCCAUCAUCAACCUGUAUCCAACCUGCUUGCUUCAUCCCACGGCUUAAGACUUCCCGGAAACCAAGGGUUGAGCCGGGGCCGCAGGUAGCCCGGCAAACCACUCUACCAGAGCUUGUAGCCGAGCCAACAUCGGCUCGCUCGAUGUCCUUCGUUGGAACCCACGAGUACCUUGCCCCUGAGAUCAUCAAGGGCGAGGGACAUGGCAGCGCUGUUGAUUGGUGGACCUUCGGCAUUUUCCUCCAUGAGCUUCUCUAUGGAAAGACGCCAUUCAAAGGGUCUGGCAAUCGAGCCACCCUGUUCAAUGUUGUCGGCCAGCAGCUUCGGUUUCCAGAAUCACCGUCGACGAGCUACGCAAGCCGAGAUCUGAUCAGGGGAUUGCUUGUGAAGGAGCCACAGAAUCGGCUCGGUGUGAAGAGGGGUGCAACGGAGAUCAAGCAGCAUCCCUUCUUUGAGGGUGUGAAUUGGGCGUUGAUACGGUGCAGCACGCCACCGGAGGUGCCAAGGCCGGUGGAACCGGAGCUUGUGGCAAAGUUUGGGACGUCAGAGGGGGUUGGAAGCAACAGCAGAAGGCUGGUUGGGAAUGCAGACUCCAAUUCCGGAGGCAAGUAUCUGGACUUUGAGUUCUUCUGAGUAUCUUAAAUUUGAGAGAUUAUUUUGUGAGGAUGUCGAACGCAGUUCUAUAUUUGGCUACCAAUUAGAAUGAGUCAUGUCAGCAAUACCGAGUUGCGGUACCGAGCAGUAUCGAGCCCUAGUACUGCGGUAUCGAUCCACGGAAAUAUCCGGACAGGAUUCGACUUCGGUACAGAAUAAUUUUUCCUUCAAUUUAUGAGGUGUUUCAUUGUCA